CUUUGCGAGCGCUUCACAUUUUUUGCUACGGAGCGCAAAUACUGUAAUUGAUUUGAGGCACAUGCUGUGACUGCUAAAUCCUCCCUCAUUAUCGUUUUAGCCCUUGUGGUUCAAAUUUCUAGAGUUGACAUUCACCACCCACAAGUUUACAAAAUGCAUCCCCCGUUGGCUUCCCAUAAACAUCAAGGUUGCGAGCACAUUAUACAAGCUCUUGACGAUUGUCAUCGGUCAGGACUGUUAAACAAGUACUCUGGAAAGUGCAAUGAUAUCAAGCUGAAGUUAAAUGAAUGUUUAGGAGAAGAGUUCCAAAUUGUUAGAGCUGAAAAUAAGCAAAAGGCAGCAGCCAAGCGAGAAAAAAUUCGACAAGUGUGGAAGGACAUGGAGGAGCCUCCAGCUGGCUUCUUCGAUGCCAAACAAAAGGACCAAAAAGUUUAAAUAUCGUAUGGCCUCAAAAUAGCCAUUUCUUUCAUUGAUGUAAUAUAGUUGUUAGACAUAGAAUAAAGUAGCUUCA